AUGCCAACAGUGGUAGAAGAGCCCCGGUCGCUUCCUACUAGCGGCUUUCAAACCAUCGAGCUUGACAAACUUCUAGCCCGGGAUCUAAAAGAUUAUCAAUAUGUUGUACUGAAGGUAUAUGUGUAUUCAUCGUUGGUUCACCACGAGCUCUAUGUUUAUCGCCAUCUUGCCGGCCGUAUGACGGGAAGUCCACACCAAGAACGAAUCAACAUUCGAAAAUUGUUAGACUCUUUUGAGAUCAGUAGAACACAUGGAAAACAUAUCGUCCUUGUCUCUGAAAUCGCGCAAAUGAGCCUACGCGAUUUGAGAUUGGUCUUCUGGAAGGGCGGAUUUGAGGAAGGCUUCGUCAGGGCCACGAUUAUUAGACUUCUUAAGGCCUUGGAUCUUCUGCAUGCCCAUGGAGAGGUUGCUCAUACCGGUAUUGCUCGCUUAACUAUACACCCGGGAAACAUGCUUUUGGGCAUCGAUGAUGACAGUAUGCUGCAAAGACUCGAAGAGAGGGAGUUCUCAUCCCUAAUGCCUCGCAAAGUGGUCUAUGCUACUCGGACGAUCUAUCUCUCUCACGCCAUGCGACCUGAUAUAGGACCGAUGCUGCUAGCGGAUUUUGGAGAAGCCAGAAUCGGCCCUGGACCGCAUGCCGGUGAUAUCAUGCCCUUGGAGUAUCGAGCCCCGAAAACGUUGCAUUAUUUCAGUUGGAGCUACCCUGUUGAUAGCUGGAGCGUUGGCCUUACGGCUUGGGAUCUCUAUGACGCUGCUCAUAUAGCCCAGCUCAUUGCUGCACUUGGACCACCACCGCCUGAGUUUCUAGCUAGGAAUGAAGAAUGA